CAGCAAACCUACAGCAGUGACAGAGCAAGACGAGGUCAUGGAGCUGACUGAGGGCCGAGACAGAGAUGAGCAGGAAGGCUUGAAGACUCGAACCUUGCCGCCCUUCCUGUCUGAUCUAAAGAAUGGAAGUCUGAGAGUCAGCACUAGCAGCAGCGCUCGCUUUGGUGCACUCAGUCAUCACUCCUUCUUCUCCAGACACAACCCUCACCCUCACAGAGUCAGACACAUAUCUGGUUUGAAUGGCAGUCCUGUGUGUAUUGUGAAUGAUGACUGGUACAGCUGCACUCCUCUGAUCCCACAUCCACUGAUCAGGAGUCAAGUGUCCUCGGGCACGACCCCCACCUCCACCUCACUCCUGUAUCACCCCACCUACCCCCGAGCUGAUGGAGCCAAACCAGGUGCAGCUCUGGUUUCUGAGGCAUGGAGAGAGGAACUGAAGGAUCUGGCAACCAAAGUCAGUCUCUCAGCUGCAGCUUUGAGUAAAAGCUCUGAACACCAGCCCAGUGAGGAGGAGCCGAUACGCAGGAAGACUCAGUACUCCUCUGAAACGGGUCGCAUCAUUCCUCCAACAUCCUGGAGAACUAAACGCCGUGACUUCAACACUCCAAACACACGUCCAGGAACUUACAGACGUCAGACUUCUCACAUCCAACCAGGAGCCAUCAGUCUGGAGGGGCAGGAACUCAGAGUGUUGGAGCUGUUGUGUCAGAUCCUGCAGACGGAUUCUCUGUCUCUGGUUCAGCAGUGGCUUCUUCUGGCUGGAGAUCGAGAGAAAGAGCUGGUUCUCGGGAUGCUCCAGCAGGCCAUGUGUGAUGCUUCAGCUCUUCUUCAGCAGCCUCAGUUUCCCGUCACAACUCAACCUGAGCCUCUGCUUCAAACACGCAGAAAACGCCGGAUGAGGAGUGUGUGUUCAUCUGAAGGGAUGGAGAAAGAGACAGCAGUUAAAGAGAUACCAGAGAGGAUUGGAGAUGCCGAAGUCUUGCAGGUUCAACAGGGUGAGGGUGAAGACAUCAAUGAUUCUACGAACCAACGAGAACACAGUUGA